UGCAAUUGAUUUGAUCAUAUCGGAGAGACUAAAAUUAUUACAAGUUAUAACGGAAUUGAUAAAAUCGUGUUAGUUUUUUAGUGCUCCAAAUUAAAUUUAAUUUUAAUUCACAAUAAUAUUUAUUUUGUUUAAUUAACGAAUUAAUUUUCUCACUUUCACUUUAUCGUAUUUCAAUUAUUAAUAAUUAUUGCAAAAGAUUUCAGAAUGAAUUACUACACAUUAACAAUUUUGUUAGGAUUAAUUGCUAUUGUUAAUUGUACUGUUGUUGAUAAAUGUCCUAACAGUAAUGCUCCUAAAUUAGAUCCAGCUGAUGUACAAAUAUCUAGUUGUCCAGAUAAAAAAUGUAUACUUAGAAGAAAGACAAGAGCCGAAAUUACAAUGAAAUUUACUCCAGAUGAUGAUUAUGAGACUUUAACUCAAGAUAUUCAGGGUAAAAUUCUUGAUGUACCAUUACCGUUUCCAGGAGUUUAUGGUACACCAGCUUGUCCAUAUAUUUUUGCUGAAGAUGGUACAACUAAAGUUGGAUGUCCGGUAAAAAAAGGCACAACAUAUGUAUAUAAAAAUGGUUUCGAUAUUUUACCAAUUUACCCAACUGUUAGUGUAGUUGUCCAUUGGGGUUUAAGUGCUGGUAAAAAAGACGCCGCUUGUUUUGAAAUUAGUGCUAGAAUUAAGUAAAAUAAAAUUAAAAUUUAUGAAAUAUCUUGUUAAAAAUUUUUAUAUACUUGUCUGAAGACGUAAAGUUUAUGUAUAUAUAUUUAUGUACAUAUAAGGUCUUGGAUGUUUGGAUGCUUUUUUUUUUACUUUUGAAACUAAAUUCCAUUUUUAAUUUUUUUUUAAAUUAAAUAAGAAAGAAAAAUAACAUAAAUGUGAUAAUUUCGUAAAAUUUUUAAUUUUUACUAUAAUAUUAUAUAAAAUUAAUGUAUAUAUUACAUAUGUACAUAUACAUAAUUUUGUUACAUACUUGUAUUACUUUCAUGGUAUUUGUAUACAUAUAGCAUAAAAGUUGUAAAAGUAAUUUUAGAACAGCAUUUAAAAAUGAAUAAGUUGUAUAAAUAAAAAAAAUUGUUAAAUUUA